CAAGCAUGGAGGACUUCUUGUGGAAAUAUCUCCUCACCAUUAUGGCGGCCGGAGUUUCAGAAACAGUAACGUUUCCUCUUGAUUUAACGAAAACAAGAUUACAGAUACAAGGCGAACUCCAAAAGACGACUGCAUAUAAAGGAAUGCUCAGAACGGCUUAUGAAAUAGUCAGAGGUGAAGGUUUCUUUAAAUUAUGGAAAGGUCUUCAACCAGCUGUUGUCCGUCAUGCAGUUUAUUCCGGCUGUAGGAUGUCCUUUUAUGAAAUACUAAGAGACUCUGUUUUCAAGAAAGACAGCACCACUGGGAAAUUCCCAUUAUGGAAAGCUAUACCAACCGGAAUGAUUGCUGGAGCUAGUGCACAGUUUCUUGCAAGCCCAACUGACCUUGUAAAGAUCAUACUACAAGCUGAAGGAAAGAAAGUACUAGAAGGCAAACCAAUAAAAUACAAAGGAUCCAUUGAUGUGCUUCGGAUUAUACUGAAAGAAGAUGGAUUCCGUGGACUGUGGAGAGGCUGGAUACCAAACUGUCAGAGAGCAGCCAUAGUCUGCUUAGGAGAUCUUACUACAUACGACACUGCUAAGCAGUCUAUACUUCGUAACACUAGUUUAAAGGAUAAUGCUAUAACGCAUUCUUUAUCAAGUUUUACUUCAGGGCUAGUGUCAGCUAUUUUAGGCACUCCGGCCGACGUCAUGAAGACAAGAAUGAUGAACCAGCCAUAUAUAAAUGGGCGGGGCACUUUAUACUCAUCAACAUUUGAUUGUUUAUUGAAAACGGUAAAAGCAGAAGGGGUCCCUGCCCUAUGGAAAGGUUUUGUGCCAACUUGGUCAAGAAUGGCACCUUGGUCUUUAACUUUCUGGCUAGUUUAUGAAGAGAUUAGAGUCAUUGCUGGUGUUGGUAACUUUUAGUAAUUUCAAUUAUAAUGUUAUAUGUAAUAUAAUUUUAUUUAUCACAUUAAGAAUGAUUGUUGAUAAAAUUUGUUUUAGCAAUAAAAAGAAUUUCCUAUCCUUGGAGUAUUAAAAUAAA